AGAGUGUGCCUACAGUAUAUAAUUCCUUCGCUACCGCGAGCAUGGGACAGGCAUGUCAACUAGUUUUCGUGCUUCUGAUGUUGGGCAGCAUUUGCACUGGACAGAUGGAAGCGGAUUACAUGCAGUGUCAAGAGACCUGCGCACCACUGGAUGGAAACGACCAGGUCCAUUGCAUAGAGCAGUGCAUGGAGGCUGUGAUGGGGAAAUCUUCUCUAGCCUUGCCAGACCUUGACGAUGAUACAGAGCCGAGCCCGCCUGUCGACUUUGAAGCGAAGUCACUUGGAUCUCGGGCUAUGCAGCUAGAGUGGUCUGCGCCAGCCGGAACGGACCCUCUCGGCUACGUCAUCACGUACAACUCGACGGGCCAGCAGGGCGUCGUCAUCGACGACUCAUUUGUCAGCUCACACACGUUCCAUGGCUUGUCGCCGGGAACCUUCUACAGAUUCACGAUCGUAGCAUUCUACGAGAGGGGCAACAGUACGCCAGAAACCAUCAUAGAGAGGACGGGCGACCUUGACUUAAAGACAUAUCCGUUGCCACCAACUGACGUCAACCUGACCCUAUCAUUGGAAGUAAUUGACAAGCAGAAAAACAUUCGUGGGCUGGUGACAUGGAAACCGCCGAAAGAUGCGACUACCCUCGAAUACUACGACCUGACGAUAAUGCCGGCAAAGAGUAAUACUAUAUGCGAGGGCACAAUCUACCACCGCAAUACGAACAUCUCUAAGACGCAGACAUCUUAUCUCAUCCCGCACGAUGCCGAGUCCACCUUCAAGCACUGGGUGAUUACGUAUGGCUGUGAGUACAAGAUCGAGCCCGAUUUCCUGUUGUUUCUGACAGCGCUCGAGAAGACGGCAUAA